AGGAUGUUUUGUCAUUUGCUUUGUCAUUAUGUUUUGAAUGUUUGUGUCCACAGACCUGUGGAAGUGUCAGUUCCUGUUGCCGCUGGUCUCCGUGGGGCUGGUGUUUCUCGCGGCGUUGAUCGGAGUGUGCGCCUGCCUUUGCCGCAGUAUCACUCCCACACUAUUUGUAGGGCUGCUGCAUCUGCUGGCCGGCCUGUGUUCCAUGGCAACUGUAUGCUGUUUCCUUGCGGGGAUGCAUUUGAUACACGAAAUAUCCGAGCUGCCAGAGGGGAUGGACUAUUCUCCGGGCUGGUCCUUGUUUUUGGCCCUGGUCUCGUCUCCGCUGCAGAUCAUGGCAGCUGCACUCUUCAUAUGGGCCGCGAGGAGCCACCGCCAACACUACACUCGAAUGACAGCCUACAGGGUUGCCUAGGCAAUAGAGGACUGACUAUAGAGUCACCGAAGCGAUUGUCCGCUCUCAUAGAAAGCACACGGCCACAUUUGCUUGAGCGGCUGCUUUUACCACUGAUCAAGCUAAAAUUAUGAAGGAAACAGUCAGAACACACCACUCAAUGUUAGUAGGUUAACUAAUGCCCGCCACCCAUAGCACUCUCCUGUGAAUAUAAUCAUUUCUUGAAGGAUCUUACUACUAUAUAACUGCCUUUUUAACCACUCUUUUUGCAUCUGUGCUGUUGAAGAUGAGAAACACAACUUCUCACCCGCAGCCAGUCAGACUCUUGCUCAACAGAAAAGCAUCUAUAAACAUUAAAGAGUAGUUAUUCAGGGCUUCACCUUUUGUUUAGUCACACUUUACCUGUUGACCUAAACUAGUUUCAAUGAGUUAAGUUUAGUUUCGUCUUCUCUUUUGUUUUAAAUAACACCUCUGUGUUUUUUAUUCGGCCUGUGUUGUAGCUACUCAGUUACAUCUUGAAGUGACUGUAUUUUAGCGCUUCGCAAUCCCAAGAUGCAAUAGGGUUUUGCCUUGGCCUGAAAGACUGAAUGUUUGUUUCUGUCAUAAUCAUUAAUCACUCGAGCCUUUUGUGUUUUCCUGAUCAUUUUGUUUGCUUAUUUAUUAUUUUUUCUUGUGCUUUGCAUUGGUUUUACUCUGUUGUUUACCAUUUAGUUUCUCGCUGAGAAUCUUUAUGUACUUUACACUUGUUUAGUAACUUUUAGAAUCCAAUGUUUUGUGAUGGUUCAGGUUGCAAUUUAAAACCAUCUCAGCUGUGGUUGGUUAUAUACUUAUUUAUAUUUCAUAUAAAACAUUUAGCUGGUGCACGUUAUGGGAUUUUUCACCAUGAUGUUUUUGUUAUACUUUGUAGAUUUUCUCAGCGGUUUACUAUUGCAUAGACAAUAUGACAAGAAAAUGAGUGCAUAUAAAGCCAAAACUGACACUCAAAACAUUGGUGAAAUGAAUGCAAAGGCUCAAUGUCAAAUGAUGUGGACGAGUGACUUAAAACUUCCAGUUGCUGCUGUCAUUCAUCACGUAUGUCAUGCACACUUUGAUGUAAAAAAUCUGUUGAUGACUUGCAGUCGGUUGUAGAUUUUACUCAAGAUUUCACUGGGAUCAUAUUGUGCAAAAAUUGUACCAGUGGAAAAAAUCACACCGUGCACAUCCAGCUUCACUUACUUUCAUUGUGUCAUGUGGUUUAUUCUUCGUGCUGUAGUAUUUGAGAUUGUUUUGUUCAAGUGAGUGUGCUUUAUAUUUAGUCUUUUUAUUCCAAGCCCAUGAGAGGCUCAAUUUUCUCAAAACAGUCAAGCGAGAGCAACAGCAUAUGAGCAAUACAAUCAAGAGGAUACCUCACACUCCACAGCCCACUGUGACAUCAUGAUGAUGGUGUCUGAAAUACUUCAGAUGGUUUUGCCUUUUUUAUACAGUUUUGUACACGAUCCUGUCAAGUGAACAUUUUGCUGGUCACAAUAAAUAUCUUUUCAUCCAGAA